UAGUCACAGAACAGGGAAUCCCAGAAUCAACGGUGCUGUUGUCGACCAAGACCCCCUCUAUACAAGGCCAUGGCUAGCAGCACUUCUCCCACCGUGCCCAAUGCCUGCUCCAAUCCGCAGAAAGUCAUUGUCAAGCCUCGACGCACCCGUGAAGAGGGCCACCGUCUACAAGAAUAGGGCCGAAAUCACUCGAGUCGUCUCCUUCUCUCCCACCGAUGGCUCCCGAUGGGGUAGGCCUGCACAAGGGUGUUCGAUGCGAUGUCGAAGCUAGACAGCGAGCACACCGCCGCUCUGACGAAGCACGGCAGUGCUGCCAUGGCUGGGCGUGCAAGGGCGUCUGCGUCGCCAAAGGGAAUAAUUUUUUUUUGGUUCUCCGACAAGCUGAAGCCGCAGGCGAAGGCUAAGGUGGUCGUCACCGUUGAUGUGGAGGAGCUGCUGUGCCCCAUCGAGUUGGAGGUGUCCUACAUGAGUGAACGUGCAUCGUGGUCGCCAUUGUACACCCUGCGCGUGGACGCAAUGACGGGUUGCAUGUCGUGCACGUUCUUCGGAAGGGUGUCCCAAAGCACCAACGAGGACUGGGAAGGCGUGGCGUUAAAGCUGUCUACGGCCGAGCCCUCCGCCCGCAGUACCCCAUCGUUCCUGACAACGAAGACGGUGUCCCUCAAGUCUACCGCCGCUGCCCCAAUACAGCUGAGGAGAGUCUUGACUCGGGUGUGUUUCGUGCUCGCCCAAGCCGUUUCAGUUCGAAGCUGCCAUUUCGCCGCCGCCUCCGCCUUCCCACGCCAGUGCGCACUUGUUUGGCGUGACAUCUGUACCUGGUGCCGGCAAGACGUUUGACGCAGCAGCGCCGCAGGGUGUAGGCUUUUCGUUCGGUGCUAUGCUACCCCGGCGUCGGCGGUGUCGGGUUUUGGGGCGGUAGGCAACCCCUGCCGUCGGUGGCUUCGGUUUUGGCUUCGGUGCUCAGGCAACAGCGGCAGCGACAGCGACAGAGGAAGCGACGGGUGGGGAUUUCGUUUCCUCGGCCCCUCCGCCCCCCCUCGAGGCCAAGCCCGCCGUGGCUCAGGUCGAGGGCGGCGGAGUGGGUGCCGUUAAGUUCGCCAUCGAGAAGCCGGCCACCGUAAAGGGAGAUUAUUUUUUACGUGGCUAUGCAUAUAGCACGAAAGAGUGAGGCAGGUUUGACGAGGAGGUAUACUGCUGUUGAGAUCAUUCAGGGCGGACAUGGGUUUGUUAUGUGCUUCCUGCGCAAAGCGCGGUUCCGCGGAGGGUUCGCAAUAUGUACGUCGAAAGCAUUGAUUGUUGGUGGCCCGAGUACGAGGAAAUCGGGGUCGGAAAGCGGGCAAUUUCAUGGGUCGGGGACACGGCUGUGGUAGCUUUUCUUGCAUCCUUUAGGUUCGUACCCUGCAUGUCUUGGUGCGGACACUGGUUCUCGAGCAUGUAAAAGGUUGGCUCAGACAGCCAUGGCAAUGCUCAAGAUCUGUGUGCCAAGCUCGUCGCCGCCAUACUCUCGUUAGCCUGCUGCUGCUGCU